CAAGUGAGUUGGCUCCGGAGCCCGCGCCGCCGCCGGCCCGCACUCGGGCGCCGCCGCCCGCCGCCGCCGCCCGCGCGGGGAUGUAGGAUGCUGGUGGGCGCCAGGUUCCAGCGGCGGCGGCGGCAGCCGCAGCCCCGGCGGCGGCAGCCUCUGCUCUGGCCGAUGAACGCAGACCCGCCGCCGCCGCCCUGGGUCUGGAUGGUCCCCGGGCCGGCCGGGCUGCUCCGCCUGGGCGCCGGGGUCGCGCCCCCGCCCGUGCUGCUCGCCGCGGCCCAGCCGCCUGCCGCGCCGCUGUUCCCGGGGCCGCCCGGCUGGCCCGCGCCCGGCGAGCCCCUGCUGCCGUGGGCGCCGCCGCCCUCUGCGCCAGACCACGCCGCCGCCGCGCACCACCACCGCGUGCUCAGCGGGCAGUGGCUGUUCGGCGGCCAUUCGCCACCUCUAGGACUGUGCUCCCCUUCCACUGUGGAGUUGGUGCCCAUUUUCCCACAGGUCUGCCCAUCUGCUCUUCUGCCUCCUGUUGGGAAAAGUUGGAUAGACAAAAGGAUACCUACUUGUAAGAUCUUUUUAAAUAAUUCCUUUGCUCUGGACUCAACAUGGAUAUAUCCUGAGGAAUCAAGAUUGUUCCACGGGCAUGAAAAGCCUCAUGUGUUGGCAAAUCAAGUAGCUAUGUCUCUGUCCAGACCAGCUCCUGCCUCCAGGCCUCUGCCUACGGUGGUGUUGGCACCUCAGCCGGUACCAGGUGGUCGCCACAACAGCCUUAAGCCCGUCAGCGGCAGCCCUGCCUUCGCCAUCGCUGCAGCCGCUGCCGCCGUGGUCUCUGUGGACCCUGAGCGACUGGGGGGCCCAUCACCCUCCAGCGUGCAGCCUUGCCACUUCCUGACAUUGGCGCCCAUCAAAUUACCCCUGUGGACCACCUCCUUCCCUGAUAAAAGCAGAGAGCGUAGCCGAGCGCCCUGCCCUCCAUCCCUGAUGUUACACACAGAGAGGAAGAGCCCGGCCGGGGCUGGAGAAGACAAGGACCCUCCAUCGAUACUUGUGGCAGGAGAGAGCAGCGCAACCAAAGGCAACAGACCGGUGGCCUCUACGCCUGUGCCUGGAUCCCCCUGGUGUGUGGUCUGGACGGGCGAUGACCGGGUUUUCUUCUUCAACCCAACGAUGCAGUUGUCUGUCUGGGAGAAGCCCAUGGACCUGAAAAACCGCGGGGACCUCAACAGGAUCCUGGAAGACCCGCCCCACAAACGCAAGCUGCAGGCGUCACCAAGGACUGAGCUCAGCGAUGGAUCAAGUUCUGAAGAUGGCAGGGAGGACCAAACCAUGAAAACCAAGAGGAAUCGGAUGGAGGGCCGCACCAGUCCUGAGCCGGAAGAGGCAGAGAGAGAGGACCAAGGCGCCAAGCCGCUGCCGCCCCAGAUCCUCCUGCCCCUGGAGGAGCGGGUGACCCACUUCCGAGACAUGCUCCUGGAGAGAGGGGUGUCAGCAUUUUCUACCUGGGAGAAAGAAUUACAUAAAAUCGUGUUUGAUCCCCGCUAUCUCCUGCUAAACUCUGAGGAACGGAAGCAGAUAUUUGAGCAGUUUGUCAAGACCAGGAUAAAAGAAGAGUACAAGGAGAGGAGAAGUAAACUGCUGCUAGCCAAAGAAGAGUUCAGGAAACUUCUAGAGGAAUCCAAGGUAUCACCCAGGACCACAUUUAAGGAGUUUGCUGACAAGUAUGGCCAGGAUCAGAGGUUUCGACUUGUUCAGAAACGGAAGGACCAGGAGCAUUUUUUCAACCAGUUCAUACUUAUUCUUAAGAAACGGGACAAGGAGAACAGAAUCAGGCUCCGGAAAAUGAGAUGAGUAUGUUAAAAAGUGCAAUAAAACGGUUCAGAGCAAAGGGGCGGGCACGGUGGUGGAAGCCGGGGUGAGUGUGGGGCUCUGCACAGCCGCUGGGGCGCUCCCGGGCUCGCUCUCAGAGGAUUCCUGUUUCAUAUUGAAGCUCUCUUUUGUACAACAUUCAGAGUUUGAUGCAUUUCUAAUCGCCAUGAUACAUUGACCCCUUAAUUGUUUUAAUUAUGCAAAUUACUUGUAAUAUAUACAAAUUAUAAACCCACAGCAGGUUUGUGACGAAGCAGACACAGGCACCGUCUGUAACCAUCUCAAGGUUUUCAUGAGCUGAUGAUUUGAAAGUUCCCUGAAAACCUCUGGGAGUUCCGUGAAGUUGGGGACCCCCUACUGAAGUGUCCCUGUGUCCCUGCCUCGCCUUCUGAGUGGUGGCAAUAGGCCAUUCAUCAUUCACCGCAGCGUCAGCUGUGGCCGUCCUGACGCCUGGGCAGCCAUCACCCACAGGUGUCUCAGGGGACCGCCUCCUUCCCCGACGGGGCCUCGCGCCUGGAGCAGGGGCUGCCCUGUCUGUCAGAAAUCCUACUUACAAAAGAAUUAUUUUGUACAAAAUCAUCAUAUUAAUAUUUGAGUUAUUUUUGUUGUAUGCCCAGAGUUUGCAUGAGAUUUUUCUCAUCAUCUUUGUAUAAAAAGAUUUUAAAUUUUUUUUAAUUAAUAAAUAUUUUAAACCAGU